CUUUACAAUUCGAUUUCUAAAACCCUUUUCCCCCAAUUUCAAUUUCAACGGAUCAAUAUUCAAAAUUCAAUCGAUCAGAUCGUUAGAGAGAGAGUAAUACACUUCAAGAUUCAUCAUCGAUGAAGAUUAUCUGUUAAUCUUUUGUCAUUUCUCUCGUUUUCGCACUUUUUGGUCCGUUUUUGAAGGGUUUGUAGUUCUUUGUUGCGAUACAGAUUGUGUAAUGGCUGAAUCGAGGAGGAAUAUCACAGAUGUGUUUAGGGCUACAAAGCCACAAGUAGGGGGAUUCAAGCCCGGAUGUGGGAAAUUGGGUGCACCGAUCGGUCAAAACAGGAGGGCAUUGGGUGAGAUCAACAAGAACAUUAUCACUGGUCCAACAGCAUACCCUUAUGCUAAUGUGUUACCAGGAAAAAAACAAAUCCCUGCUAAGAAACCACUUGUUCCGGUCCGUCGACCCGUUACAAGGGCAAUUAGUGCACAUGUCACCACUAAACCAUCACUGCCCUUACCAGAGGGAAAGAAGCCGAAGAUCCAAACAAUCGCUGUUGCAACCGACAAUGAAGACUGCAGUAUUAUUGAUCUUGAAGAGGAUUUUAAUGCACCAAUGUUUGUGCAACACACAGAAUCCAUGCUGGAGGAAAUCGAUAAGAUGGAUGAAGAUGUCUAUGAGGAACCGAUUUUGGACAUUGAUAAUGCUGACAAAAAUGACCAACUUGCUGUUGUGGAGUAUAUUGAUGAGAUUUAUGCCCACUACAAGAAACAAGAGAUAUUAAGCUGUGUUACACCGAGCUAUAUGUCACAACAGUGUGACAUAACCGAUAGGAUGAGAGGCAUUCUCAUCGACUGGCUAAUUGAGGUUCAUUACAAGUUUGAACUUAUGGAAGAGACUCUGUAUCUAACUGUCAAUCUUGUUGACCGGUUCCUGUCGCGCCGACCCGUUGUAAGGAAGAAUCUUCAACUCGUUGGAAUAACCGCAAUGCUUCUCGCUUGUAAAUAUGAAGAAGUCACGGUGCCGAUUGUCGAUGAUUUUAUCGUAAUUUCUGAUAAAGCUUACACGAGAUCUGAAGUUCUUGAUAUGGAGAAAGAAAUGAUGAAUACACUUGAAUUCAACCUCUCGGUUCCAACGCCAUUCGUGUUUGUGAAGCGGUUUCUCAAAGCUGCAAGAUCUUACAAAGAGAUGGAGCUACUGUGUUUCUACUUGAUUGACCUAUGUUUGGUGGAAUACGAGACGCUGAAGUUCCCACCGUCAUUGCUAGCAGCAGCUGCGGUUUUCACUGCCGAAUCUACUCUCAAGGGUUCGAAACAAUGGACCAAAACAAGUGAAUUUCAUUCACAAUACUCACAGAAUCACCUUUUGGAAUGUGCGAAGAUGAUGGUCGGUUUACACCAGAAAGCGGGCACAGGGAAACUUGUUGCGGUGUUUAAGAAGUACUCGACGUCAAAAUAUGAGCAUGUGGCGCGAACCCAACCGGCUAGCUUCAUCUUGGAGCCGAGGUUUUGGGACUGAUUAUGAACGCGUGACAUGACGUUUAUGUUGAAAACCCUUGGUUUUUGUUUUGAUGUUUUGAGCAAUGUAUAGUUGGUUGCUGUUCUUAAGUUUUCUUAGGAUUAUCCGUAACUGCAACUAUUUAGCUCGCCUGCGAGCCGUCGUUCCAUUUGUGUUUGACAUUGACAAUGUUCAAGUGUUUUAAGUAUUGUUUUAAUGCUAAUAUUGGUAAGUCUGUUCAUUCCUUGAA